AUGGAGAGCUUCUUGGGAUGUCUCCUAGUCCUGUUGUGCUUACUGAUUGCAGAACCUGUUGAAUGCAUAGAUGAGGAUGCAACUGAAGAAAAAAUAACAUCUAAAUUCUGCAAUGUCUAUAAACAUAUUGCCACUGUUUCUGGAAAUGGAGGCUUAAAACACAUGUCAUUCUGGCAGCUGAAUUGUUCAUUUGAAGGCUAUUAUUCUCUUGGAGAUGUGGCCAAAAGAGGUUCUGGCCAACCUGAGACUUGGGCUUUGAUGGUAAUGGAAGAGGAUAAUGGUCUUCUGAAACCUCCACAAGGAUUCAGGUGUGUCAAUGAAACGCUGCUAGUACAAGGAAAACCUGAACUUAUCUCAAGUCUAGCAGAAGAGCUUGGAGCCUGGGAAAUUGAAAGUGAUCAUGCUGUAACUCCAGAUGGCUUAUCUGCAGGGACUUUUAUAGUUAUGCCCAAUCACAAUGAACCCAUGGAAUGUGUCUACGUUCUGAAAGAAUACAGAGUUAUGUUAAAAAGACAUGCAUCUCUUCAGCCAGACAUUUCUGAGGACGGGUCUCCUUGCAAAAUUGUAUGUUACGUCACUCAAUGGGCUCAGUACCGGCCCCAUCCUGCAAAGUUUUACCCAGAAAAUAUAAACCCAAAUUUGUGCACUCACAUCUCAUUUGCUUUUGCGAUUAUAAGGAACAAUAAACUCUACUUUAAUGAAUGGAAUGAUGAAAGGGUCCCCUUCCCCCAGAUCCAAGCACUAAAGAAGAGAAAUCCAGCCUUGUUGACUCUGCUAGCUGUUGGAGGAAGGAGAUUUGGCACCGCUUUCAGCCCCAUGCUUUCUACAGCAGCCAACCGCAAGAGCUUCAUUGACUCAGCUAUACCCUUAUUGCGGAGAUAUGACUUUGAUGGGAUUGAUCUCCACUUUGAACAUCCUGGGUGUAGGGGAAGUCCCCCCAAGGACAAGCAUCGCUUUGCUUUGCUGAUAGAGGAAAUGAUAGCAGCUUUUGAAAAAGAGGCCAGAGAGACUGGAAAUAAGAAGCUGUUGCUUACUGCAUCAGUGGCUGCUCAGAAAGAAACAAUUGAUGCUGCAUAUGAAGUUGACAAACUAUCAAAACAUCUUGAUUACAUUAGUGUGAUGGCCUACAAUUUCCAUAAUGGCUUUUCUGACAGCGUAACAGGGCACAACAGCCCCUUGUAUGCUGGUAAUCAUCCUGAAGAAAACUUGUAUUCCAGCUGUGAGUCUGCCUUGCUGUACUGGGUCAAAAAAGGUGCUCCUGCAUACAAACUUCUUAUGGGGUUUGCUAACUAUGGACGUACCUUCAAGCUUAGUACCAGGGAUACAUCAGUGGGUGCCCCUGCCUCAGGACCUGCUCUUCCAGGACCUUAUACGCAUGAGGCUGGAUUCUUGUCAUACUAUGAGAUCUGUGACUUUAUAAACAAUGGUUCUACUGUUCAAUGGACUGAUGACCAGAAAGUUCCAUAUGCCUACAAAGGUUUUGUCUGGGUUGGAUAUGACAACAAAAAGAGCUUUGGCUAUAAAGCUCGGUUUGUGAAACAGAAUAAGCUUGGUGGGGCCUCAAUAUGGGCCAUUGACCUGGAUGACUUCAGAGGCACCUUCUGCAAUGAAGGCCCUUACCCUCUGACAACAGAGCUGAAGAGACUGCUUGCAGGCAACGGUGAGGAAAUGCCAGGAAGGUUUUUAAGGGGAUUACCAAAGAAAAAAGUCAAAUCAGCUGUUCCCAUUCAACAUUUAUGA